GAUGAAGAAAGUGUAAAGAAACUGUUUCAUAAUACUUUUUAUUAUUAUUAUUCUUUAGAUUUUUUGCUUUGAGCUCUAAAAUGGAGUGGAUUCGUAGAGAAACAAUUGGUCAUGGAAGCUUCUCCACCGUUAGUUUAGCAACUACUUCCGGAAGCUCUGCAACGUUGUUUCCGCCGUUGAUGGCUGUGAAAUCAUCGGGAGUUGUUUGCUCCGCCGCGUUGAGGAACGAGAGAGACGUUUUAGAUUACCUCGGCGAUUGCUCUGAGAUCGUGAGGUGUUUUGGAGAAGGGAGGACGGUGGAGAACGGGGAAGAGAUUUACAAUCUGUUUCUCGAGUAUGCUUCCGGCGGUAAUCUGGCCGACCGGGUUAAAAAUUCCGGUGAAGCUUUGCCGGAGUUUGAAGUGAGGAGGUUCACGAGAUCGAUUGUGAAAGGGUUGUGUCAUAUUCACAAGAAUGGUUUCUCUCAUUGUGAUUUAAAGCUUGAGAAUGUGUUGGUUUUUGGCGAUGGUGACGUCAAGAUUUCUGAUUUCGGGUUGGCUAAACGGAGGAGUGGCGAGGUUGGCGUUGAGAUUAGAGGGACGCCGUUGUACAUGGCACCGGAGUGUGUGAACCACGGCGAGUUUGAGUCUCCGGCGGAUAUAUGGGCUUUGGGAUGCUCUGUUGUUGAGAUGUCCAGUGGCAAAACGGCGUGGUGUUUGGAAGAAGGAGAUAUGAUGAGUAAUGUCAUGUCUUUGAUGGUACGUAUUGGUUCCGGUGAGGAGGUUCCGAGGAUACCGGUGGAAUUGUCGGAGGAAGGUAAAGAUUUCGUGAGCAAGUGUUUUGUAAAAGACGCGGCUGAGAGAUGGACGGCUCAGAUGCUUUUGGAUCAUCCGUUCGUAGCCGUUGAUGAUGAUGGUGAGGAGAGUGGGUCUUUGAGUUUGAGGUGUGGCGAAGAAGAAGAAAAAGCUUCGGUUUCACCGAGAAACCCUUUUGAUUUUCCCGGUUGGAAUUCGGUUCAAUCUCCGGUUAACGAGACGGUUACGUUCAGGUCAUUGGUAAGUUCGCCGGAGGAGAGGAUCAGUGGUUUGGUCAGUGAGAUGCCUGAUUGGUCGGUGUCGUGUGAUUGGGUCAACGUGAGGUGAAGAAUGGAGUUAGUUUUAUUUUUUCUUUGUUGUGGAGAAAGGACCAAGUCAUUUCUGUUGUACGAGAUUAUUAUGGGGUCUCGUUUUUUUAAAAUGUUUGACGGUCAUGAUUUAUAAUCCUUUUUUUCUUUUUUUGUUUAAUUUAGCUCGUUGACUCAUGUAAAUACAUUUGAAAUUAGAGAAGAUUCUUGGAUGAUGAAACUGAGAGUUUUUUUGUGCGCCA